AUGGCCAAGAAGCGCAAGCUCGGCGCCAUAAACCAUAAGAGCCACUUCGUCGACACUGUCAAGAAAAAGACCGGCGGCGCACCGCAAAACAGCAAUGGCAAGAACAACAAGAAGAAGAACUCCCAGAGCGCCCACGCCAUCGAGAGCGACGCCAAGAAGAAGAAGGCGCAACAGCAGUACCACCAGAACCAGGAGCCCGUGAUUCCCUUCUCCAAGGAAGACGCCAUCCUGCUGAUCGGCGAGGGCGAUCUCAGCUUCGCAGCGAGCCUCGCAAAGCACCACGGCUGCCGUAACCUGACAGCGACGGUCCUUGAGAAGAACGAGCGGGAGCUGCUCGAGAAGUACCCCCACGCCGCGGAGAACAUUGCGCAGAUCAACGGGACGGCCACUGCGACAAAACCCACAACGUCAAAAGCGGCCGAUGGUAAGGACAAUGCCAAGGACGACGAAGACGAUAGCAAGACACCUGCCAAAGCCAAGUCACCAGACGCGGAGGAGGUAAAAGAGGCCGAGGAGGAAGAGGAGAAGGCGGACGACGAAAUCGACGAGGACGACGACGAGAAAUACAAACCCCCCGUCCAGAACAACAACAAGGUCCUCUAUAACAUCGACGCCCGCUCGAUGAAGCCCUUUACCCGUAAAUCCGCCCCGAACCACCGCGGCUUCCACAUGUCGGCCCCGACGAAGCAAGGCAUCUUCAAUCGUAUCCUCUUCAACUUCCCUCACGUCGGCGGCAAAUCCACAGACCGCAACCGACAGGUUCGCUACAACCAGGAGCUUCUCGUCUCCUUCUUCAACUCGGCCCUCCCCAGCCUGGCGCCCAAGGGCACCAUCGUCGUGACGCUCUUUGAGGGCGACCCGUACACCCUCUGGAACGUGAAGGAUCUCGGCCGCCAUGCGGGUCUGCAAGCGCUCCAGAGCUUCAAGUUCCACGCGAGGGCGUACCCCGGGUAUAAGCACGCGAGGACAAUUGGUGUGAUACGGGAAAAGAAGUCAGGAGAGGCGAGCGGGGCGGCGUGGAAGGGCGAGGAGAGGCCCGCGAGGAGCUUUGUGUUUAUGCGCAAGGACGAGGCGCCUGAGGAACUCCCGGCCAAAAAGAAGAGGAAGCGCGGCGGGGACGAGAGCAGUAGUAGUGAGGAUGAGGUGUCUGAGGUAGAGGACUUCGACUAUGACGAUUAG